UCGACACUUAGUGAGUAUCACAGUUGCGUUUCUUUAUAUUUCUCUUCGGUUCGGAUCGUGACUAACAUUUGCAUUUCUUUUGAAGGUACUCUUCCUCGGUGUGAACUGUCUUCUGAGGACUUCGACACCAUUUGCAUCAUCUAUCAGCUGCCUCAGAAGAAGAGGUCAUACCACCGGCUGAUCAGAAAAAAUCUACACUUCGUUACACACGAUCUGAUGGCAUCUCAAGAUAACUUCAACAAGAAGAUGCCUGUGCGCCCCGACUUUAAAACCAUCCAAAGGAUGAUGGCAAAGGCGCGGGCGCUGAAGACCUCCUCCUCCACCUACAAGAAGCAAAUGGAGGACCUGGUGGAUGCCAGUAAAAGGCUCCAGCCUUCGACGGAGGAGGAGGUGCCAGAGGACCCCGCGGCGGAUCCCCUUCCAAACGCCCAACUGUGGCGAGGCCACCCCCUAUUCUAAAGCAGACUACAAUUCCAACCGGGGUGGCCAUUCCGGAGAAAAGGCCUGCACCAGCAGAGGUUGCUACUGCUUCGACCACUUCGUCACUUGCUGCGGUGCCUAUUGCCCAAGUGCUGGGGCAGCAGAGGAGAAAAAGGGUCCGUCCCUCUAAGGAGGUUGACUUCUUGGGCACCAAUCCGGAGGAGUCGGUUAAAGAAGUGUUGGAAGCUCUUCCUUCGGAAACGGUUGCGAUGGCGGUGGUCCACAACAAAUACUGGACUGAAGAGUGGAGGGACCACACCGCUUCCUGCACGGCCGGAGACUUGGUGGCGGCCAACAGUGCCUGCGUGGCCCGGGCUCUCAACACCAGCAUCCAACUGGAGGGCUUGGUGAAGGAUUUAAAUGCUAAGAGGGAGGACCUCGCCAAGCGCCUCGAGGAGGCGAUGCACUAUGGAGAUGCUGUGAGGGAGGCCCGGGCCAAGGCCACUGAGGAGGAGAAGGGAAGGAAAGAGGUCGAGGCCCAGCUAUCCGCCGCCAAAGCUGAAGUGGAGCGACGGAAGAAGGAGCUAUAUGAGGUGGAGUGCCAUGUGGCUGCCAUGACUCGGCGAGGGGAUCACGCCAACGAGCACCAUCGGCUCGCCACGGAGGCUCUGAAGGCCUCAAACAUAGAAAAGGCGGAGUUGAGGCAAAAAGCGGAGGCUCAAUCUGAGGAGAUCGCCUCCUUGAAGGAGGAGUUGAAGUCGGCAGGGGAGGUGGCGGUUCAGAAUUUCAUUGACCACUUCGAAGAACACCCCCUGUACGACGACUUCGCCAACUUUUGGGCCUCCUGGAGUGCCCAAGGCUUGCUGGGUCGGCUGAAAGAGGUCCACCCCACUCUGAAAAUCUCCACUUUGGAGGCGGAGUUCGAGGGACCAACUGGAGGCCGGCCUGACAGGUUUGCUGAAGAAGUUCCGGAGGCGGUCGAGGAAGAAGCGGCACGAGAAGACCCUCCAGUAGAAUAG